AUGACAGUUCAAAAACAUGAAUAUACGGAGCAACCUCUUAAUCAGGAGCCUCCCACAAAAGCCUUGAUUGACCAUUUCCUCACGCCACAAGACAUCGGCUACGACCGCAACCACGGCCCAAUCCCACCCCUAUCCGACGAGAAGCACACCAUCGGAAUUCGCGGCGUGGGACUCCAUCCUCUAGGACUCACGGUAGACCAACUGCAUUCCGAAUUUAGCCAACACACAGUCACCUGUGCCCUACAAUGCGCUGGAAAUCGACGACACACGAUGCGCACGCUCCUGAAGGAGGUCCAGGGAAUCGAUUGGGGCGACGCAGCCGUCAUGAACUGCAAAUGGAGGGGACCCCGUCUUCGAGACGUCCUCCUUCGUGCUGGUUUGCUCAUUAAUCCCAGCAGUACUGAUCGCCAGCUACACGCGGCGUUUUCAUGCUACAAGGUGGAAUGCCAGGAUGACAGCUUCUUCGAAACCAGCGUACCGUUGGAGAAGUGCUUGGAGGAGGACCGGGAUGCUAUUUUGGCACUGGAGGUGAACGACAUCCCCCUUACAAAAAACCAUGGCUAUCCAGUCCGAGUGGUCCUACCGGGUAUCGUGGGUGUCCGAUGGGUCAAGUGGCUUGAGCGCAUCACCAUCCAAGACCACGAAUCGCCCAACGUGUACCAGCAACGGGAUUACAAAGUUCUUCCACCAGAUGCGACGGAUAGCAAAUCUGCGGAGAAAUACUGGGGCUGCACGCCACCCAUGUACGACGUGCCCAUCAACUCUGUCAUUGCCGUUCCUAGCGACGGGGAGACCGUGACGGUACCACCUAGUGGGAUGGUGGAGGUCAAAGGGUAUGCCAUUCCAGAGGGUGCAGACGGGCCGGUUACCCAGGUCCAGGUGUCUGGAGAUGGUGGACACUCGUGGGUAGAGGCAGAGUUGAACACGCCGAGUGGCAGUUCGAAAUGGUGUUGGGUGUUGUGGAGAGCUAGUGUGAGAAUGACACCAGGUACAAAAGUCGACCUGUUAAGUCGGGCUACAGACGCCGGUGGCAAUUCGCAAAAGGAGCAUUCGCAGUGGAAUCUUCGCGGGGUUGGCUACUCAGGUUAUGGCCGAGCUAAGGACCUGACUGUCGUGUGA